AUGAAUGCAAGCCUUACUCCCCGUCUCUCUCUCUCUCUCUCUCUCUCGCUUGGCUUCCGCGCCGGCCAUUUCGACUUCCCAUCACCCUUCACCCCGCCCUCUCCUGCCGUGCAUGCACACGCCGAGGCGCAUACGGUGCCGCUUGCGCGUACAUCUGCCGCCUCUUUGUGUUUGGUCGUUUUUUCUGGGCUUCGCUUGCCGCUGUGCUUGGCUCGCAGGAAGAGAACACACCGUGAGCACCCCUUCCCCUCGGGUUGGAGCCUUCGGACCCUCCGUGACACCUCCUUAGCUGCGCUAUCACCUCUUCCAUAUCAGGCAGCCACUCGGCAUCGUACCGGUCUCACUCACAGCACUUGCUCCCCUCCGCUGCGCCCCCGGCACCUCCGAUUCCGAUCAACACAUAUCGAUUCUUUUCUUACCCCCCCCCCUCCCGCCCUUCUCAAGAUGUUCUAUACGUACGCGGAGAAGCAGGGCAGCGUCUUCUUCGACAAGUGGCAGAUGCGACAAAUCGCCUUUGACACACUGCGCCGCCACCUCUACUAUUGCGACUGCGUCAGCCCAGAAAAGAUCGCCUACCCCAACGCUAACGAUAACCCGUUCCCCACAAUCGGCGCUUCGGAUGACUCCUUGGAGGAUGGGGAGGACUUCGACCCCGAUCUUGGCGCCACUGUCGAGAACCCCGCCGUUUCUCAGCUUUUCAUGCGCCCACCGGUGUCCUCAGUGAACCAGCGGCGUCACUUCAACGAGGCGCCGCCGCCGCCCAACAAUCCCGAUGAUGUGCAGUGGCGCAAGAAGAUCAAGGUGGACAUGAUUGUGGCAGUUGGCAAGGAGCAUGUGUUUCUGCUGGAGGACACACACCUUAAGGAGACGGACCUGUUUCAGAUCGAAAUCCACGGAGAGGUACGACCAAUGGCAUCUGGCGAGACACCCGCCCCCGGUCCGCUGCUGUGCCCGUCCGCUGGGCUGUCCGGAAUGCCCAAUCGGUGCACCGUGGAGAAUGACGAGUUCAUUCGUGACCCAUUCUUCUUACGUGAGCUCUAUGAGGCGCUACGGUACCAGUUCUCGAAUCUGCGCAUGGAGAGAGAGCGUGCGGAGCUGGCCAGCGGUCAGCCGGUGGUGUCGGCGAAUGCGCGCAGGACGCAGACGCUGGAGUCGCCGCGGCCAAAGGGUGGCUCCGUGCACCGCGGCAGUCGCAUCAAGAUAGUCCUGCGCAUGCGCACAGACUACGAGUUCCGCCGUUUUGUCUACGUUGUGCAGACCGUGCUCGGGUACGAUAAGCUGAGUGCCCGACCGUAUCGCGGUCUCCCGCCCUACGACCCGCGGAACGGCCUCAUCUUUUCCGUGAUCCCGAUGUGUGUCUGGCACACCUUUAAGUUACUCGACAAGACGGUGUUCUAUACCUUUCUGCGCGGCGACUUGGUCGGCCGCAACGCCGGCAAUCAGCUGUAUGUGACACUGCGCGGCGCCUAUCUCUGUAUCACCCACGACAGCGUCCUUGUGAUGCGCGACACCGGCAACAUCCCGCGGUGGAUCAAGCUACAGGAGGUGCGCGAGUUUUAUUACAACGUGACGAGCAGUCGCCCGUUUGUUGCCUUCCUCUCCGAUCCCGGCUCCCCCGACAUCAUCUUCCUACCGCAGCCACCCGUCUUUGGCCGCGAGGCGAUACGCUGCUUCAGCCCGUCGCUAGAGGUACUGCGGCUGCGCCACGUCAUUCACGAGACGUGCUUCGCCUCGCUCGAGAUUCGGCGAGUCAUCAACAUUAAGAUUGCCGAUAUGUCCGUGCGCAGCUUCGUGGAGUGCUACGAGCGGGAGACGCGGCGCGUUCUCGACCUAGACCCCGCGCGAUGCUACGCCGGGGUGCUAAGCUGUCCGCUGCCGAAGGAGCAGCUCGCGCAGGUGUGGCGGGAAGUCCAGGGCAUCUACGCCGCGCGCGACCCCAGCGUCAUUAGCAACACGGCCAUUCCGCUCUAUCAGAACAACACGAACGACACCGCGCUCACAGGCGAUCAGCUUGAGACCUUGUCUAGGCGCCUCGCUCGCGAGAGAAGGAGCAGGGAUGACGUUGUGGGGAUGCCGUACGAGGAGGCGCAACGUAUCCAGGCACCGGUGCGACGAGACAGUCGUCUGCACAGCCGUCACCACCUGACGCCAUUGUAUUCGCAUGAAGCCAUUACCACGCAGUCCGCAAGUGAUGCCACAUUGGUUCACUUGGACCCUCAAUCAAGCCAUUCUUCGGCCAGUCCCGGCCGCGGCGAGACUCUGGCAGCGACGUCAAGCCAUCCACGCAGUGCCGGUCAUGAUAGCGCCUACAACGGAUCAGCAGGGUCGCAGCUCGAAGGCUCUGCAGUAUCCGCCGCUUCAUCUCCCAGGUGGCCGAUAUCGCUUAGCGCGGCACCUCCCAAUACAUCUUCGUGGACGGCGGCGGACGCCGCCGCUGGCGGGAAUACGCACCGUCUCUCUGACGUGGCUGCACCCAACCUCUCAGGCAACGCCGCGAUGCCGAGCGGCGUAGACGACGCGUUCACUCAAGCGAAUCCACGCCUUACACAACUACCAAACCACCGCUUGGAGACACCGCAACUAUCCACCAGCGUCGGCGGGGGCGCCGCCGGCUUCGGCGCGUCACCGGGGUUGGUAAAUGCUAGCUUCGCGAGCAGCCAGUUUGGCGCCAACAGUGUGCAGUACCAGCUUCCAGGAGCGCGCUACCUGAGCGAGGAUGAGAUAAAGGGCGGCAGCUCCUGUGUUGCGGUAGAUCAUCACACGGUCUUGAUGGGCGAUACCCCGCUCGUCGCAGAGGGCACCGUUACUGCCUUCCUCUCCAGCACGGAGCUGAACGUGUCGGAGCUUGUCAACAAGAGCAUCACGGCGAUGCAGGCGACGGCGCCGCCGCCCCUCAAGCGAUCCAACUCUGCCGAGCUGUCGAAGGACACCUGCAAAGGGAGUGAGGGCAAAACCGCUUCUGCGGCCCUCGCCUCCUCACGGACACGAGCCGGUAGGUCCACCUCACAGAGCCGCAAAAAUGACGACUCCUCUGUCGAAACAUAA